AUGCAGAGUCAACCUGUGUUGCUUUUGAAGAUGUCCAGCUUGCUGAGGAAGGUGCGCUCCGCCUUCAGGAGAGAGCAAGAGGACUUAGACAUGAGCAGCGACACAGCGCCCUUUGACUUCUCCGAUGAGCUGGUGGAGGAUGAAGCGCCCAAAUUCAACAAGCUGAAGGUGGUGGUCUCUGGUGAGAUGUCGGACUACUCCGCUGGGGCUCAGUCCAAUGGGGUAGCGGUCAACACGCUUGUGAUUACGGGGCGUGACGAAGAUGACGACUCGCUACUGGACACUUCCUCCAGCCUGAGCAGUCCGGGCUUCAACAUGGACCCCUGUGACAGCUGCACCAAGAAGAGGGAGACCCUGAAGCAGAGGAAGGUGAUGAAGAGGCUGGUCAUUGCAGCUGUGCUCUAUUUUCUCUUCAUGAUGGCUGAAAUUAUAGGUGGCUAUGUGUCGAACAGUUUAGCCAUCAUGACCGAUGCUGUGCACAUGUUAGCCGAUGUGGUCGGUAUCCUAUUUUCUCUGCUGGCUCUGUGGCUCUCCACUAAACCACCUACCAAGAGGUUCACUUUUGGAUUCCAUCGUCUCGAGGUGAUAUCAGCAGUCCUCAGUGUGGCGCUUAUCUACAUCUUGACAGCGAUACUACUGUUCGAGGCUGUUCAGAGGACGGUAAACCAAGACUUCAACAUUGAUGGGGAUAUCAUGAUCAUCACAGCAGCGGUGGGCGUGGCUGUCAACCUCAUAAUGGGCUUCUUACUAAACCAAGGCGGUCAUCUUCACUCUCACGGCCAUGGUCAUUCUCAUGGCGCCGUGGCUUCAGCAGAGUCACAGUCCGCAGAGUCUGGAAGGAACCAGAGGCCGCACGGCAGUCUGGCUGUUCGGGCCGCCUUCAUCCACGCUUUGGGUGAUCUGCUCCAGAGCGUCGGGGUCCUCAUAGCUGCAUAUAUCGUCCGCUUUAAGCCAGAGUAUAAACUGGCAGAUCCUAUCUGCACCUACAUCUUCUCAGUUCUGGUUCUGUUCACCACGGUCCGCAUCAUACGAGACACAACGGUUAUUGUGCUGGAAGGUGUGCCCAGACACUUAGACACUGUUCGAAUCAAAGAGGAUCUCCUGAAGCUGGAGGACGUGCAGUCGGUAGAUGAGCUGAAUGUUUGGGCACUGACUGCUGACAAGACAUCAGCACUUGUGCACCUUCAGCUAACACCUUCGAGUGCUAGCAACUGGGAGGACGUUCAGGCGAAGGCUCGCCACCUCCUGCUUCAUACCUACGGCAUCACCAGAUGCACGGUUCAGGUCCAGACACACAGACAGAGGCCUGUACGCACCUGUGUGAUCUGUCAGUAA